AUGGCUUUCAACGGACGGUUGCUAUGCGUUCUCUCUGUUCUAUGUUGCAUUUCCACCGUUCAGAGCGGGGACUAUUUUGUUGCACUGUCGAGAGUGGUGCAGUGUUGCAAAGACGAGAAGGUGGUUGUCUCAGUCUUCGACGUGGGAUCGUCUGCAAUCGCGACACGAUUGGUAGUGGAAGACGCCAAUGGAGUUGUCUUGUACAGAUCAGACACAGUAGAUGUUGAAGAAGUACACCGGUUGUCGUGUGGUUUUGAGGUUUUGAACACGGUCAAGCAGACAACUCGUGUGGUCAACUUGCGCUAUGGACGUGCCAGAAGCGGCACCCCACAAGAGUUCCUUAUUUCGGUUCCAUGCCAACGCCUUCCCAAACCAACAUUUCCAGACGAUCAGCGCCUUGUUACUGUCAGAGCAAUCAGUGACGACAGCUCGCUGUCGUUCAACAGCGCAGUCUCAGUGGCCGUCAAAUCCAGUCCUUCUAUUGUGCUCAUCCAGACGGACAAGCCCAUAUACGUGAAGAAUGAUAAUGUCACCAUUCGAGUGGCUGUUCUUGGCUGCAACUUUGUUCCUUGCUGUAGAGAAGAUAACGAGUGCAUAUGCAACGUUCUUCUCGACAUCAAGAAUCCACAGAACAUUAUAGUUGAUAGGUUGACUAUCAAACCAUGCGCCUCUCGAGAAAUGAUAAAGAAGCGGAAAUUUAACUUGGGGCUGACUCCUAUUGAAGGUGAUUGGUCAAUCGUUGCCAAACGAAGCUGUGAUGAUACUGUCAUCUCAGAAACAAGCUUUGAAGUAAAGAAUUAUGUUCUUCCCCGAUUCAAUGUCGUUGUAAGAUCACCGAGAUUUGUAAAGGCAACUGAUGAACAUAUCAAAGUUAACGUGUCGGCAUCGUAUACUUACAACAAAGGAGUAGUUGGAUCUUUGCGUGUUCAACUCGGAAUUUGGAAUGAAUCAACGGAGACUGCCAACGUCAUUAUUAGCGAGAAAUUCUUUCUCGUGGCUGGGGAAAAAGGAGUAAAAAGGCUGACGUUUGCCAAUGGAGGAUACGAACAGUUUCCCCUCGGUAGACGCUUGUCUGUGUUUGUUGAAGUGACUGAGAAGGCCAGUGGUAUCAAGGCUAGCGCGUCUGACAACACGGCCGUGUUUACAGACAAUCCUAUCAAACUUGACUGUGACCUCAUGCCGCCAUACUACAAACCAAACCUCCCCCUACAGAUGCAGAUUCGCGCUCGUUAUCCAAAUGGCGAUAACGCAGAAGGCGUGUUGGUUACAGCAAGUUAUGACGGCAACAUCAAAAGACAAACAACAGGUGCUAGUGGUAUAGCCAACCUUGGAGUCGAUGUUGGAGGUGAGAAUCAGGAAAGCAUAACAAUCGAGGUGAAGGCAAACGAUCAGCAUCUGGGUGUUGAUUGCAUAUUUAAAGAAUUUUGUUCACCUUGCACUGGACUUUUCUCCGUUAGACCAACGAUUGGAGAAGUGAGGGUUAGAGGAACUACUGACUUUGAGAUUGUCAAGUCUCACUUGAACAACGAAACGCUGCAGAUUACUGCGCUUGUAGUCGCCAGAGGGAGCAUUCAAUCUUCUCAACGUUUUUCAAGUAGACCGGGUCUAAUCACAACGUUUCAGGUGGACGUCACUCCUCAGUUGGCUGAUCGUUUCUGCGUCGUUGCUUUCUAUGUGAAGCGUUGUUCGGAUGGGCAACGUCAUGUCAUCUCUGAUGUUGCCUGCGUAAACACCAACAAACGGUGCGCAAACGAGAUAUCUCUGAGUUUAGCAAACUCACAAGUACGACCAAGUGAGCAAGUCAAGCUUGACAUCAAUGUGGAUUGCCCAUUUUCGGAUAUUGCUCUUCUUGCUGUGGACAAGGGAUUGUACAUACUCAAUAAUGAAAGCAAGUUGACUCGGGAGAAGGUAGCAGGAUUGACAGCAAUUUCACAAACUCAGCUGAAUCCUCAGUGCAGCUGUUGUUCACGAUCUUGCCGUUCUACUUGCCUCAAGGAAGGUGAUGAUCGUUGUCCUGAGCUUCAUCAGCAACUACGAGACGAAGGGAUUUGGGCUAUGCGAGAACACCGGUAUCAUUUCUGUUUGUCUGAGUACCGGAAAAUGGUCGCAGGAACAUCAUUUUCCAAUUUGAAAACUGAGAUAGACGCUCGUGCUCAGUAUGAUUGUUGCGUUGGAGAGGAUUUAAGGGCAAAAGCUAACGUUCCAUCUGAAUUCAAUCAUUUAUUUGAAAGUCCUAAAGUACGUCUUAGCAGUAAAAGGUCGUCGUUUCCUCACGUCUGGCUACAAGACAAAGUCAUCACAAACGGGUUGAAAAUCCUACCAUUCCGUUUUAUAUUUUCAUUUUAA